CGACCUUUUUACUCCCCAAUCUCUGCAUCCAGAUCAACAUCCAAACGGAUACCUAAUCAGACAUAACUAGUUCGAUAAGCACAGUCGCAGUUGGAGCAAUCGGAGAGGCGAUGCCGACGAGUGACGGCGAUCCGAGCUACGCCUCCAACUCUAACCCUUCCUCUACUUCGACGUCCUACCUCGCCAACGGUGGGACUCGGCCGCAGCUCAAGAAGUCCCGUACCAUCAACGCCUCGUCGUCAGCCGCCUCUUCCCAUGGCUCCUGUCCCCCCUUAGUCCGCCGCGCUGCCACCGCCACCCUCCCGCUCCCUCGGAAGCUCACUGUCGUCGUCGAUAACGCCUCCGACUCCCCGGCGAAUGGCGGCGUCCUUGACCGUGACUGGUUUUAUCCUUCGUUCCUCGGGCCCUAUGCGGCCCGGCCCCGCGGCAACAGUCGGGCGGCCACCGUGGCGCGCCCAGCGCCCGCGUCCUCCGGGACGAGUAAGAUGGAGCUGCCGCUGCCGCCGAAGAGACUGGUGGAUCGGAGUAAAGUGGUGGUGUCUGAGGAGGUGAAUAAGGAGUUGGUGAAGCGGAUUGACGAAAGAAGCAAGAACCUAUUCUCUUCAUCUUCUUCUUCCUCCCGUUCUCCUAAAAGGAACUUCCGGUUUGACAAUUCUUUUAUUCUUUUAAUCCUAACUGUGAUAUGCGCCAUUUUAGCGAUUUCUCAGCAACGAAGGGUUUUAGAGCUCGAGAAACAGAUCAGUAAUAUUAAGAAACUUUGCAACUAUGAUGAUGGCAUUACUCAUGAGAAAGUUGCAGUUUUGCAGUUAGACACAAAUAGCAUCGAUAGUAGGACUGUUGCACUAUAUACUGUGGUGUUGUCACUCGUAACACCAUUCCUGUUACUAAAAUGCCUUGAUCACCUCCCUCACAUAAAGUCACUUUCCAAACCCUUGACUUGCAAUGAGGAGGAGGUCCCUCUCAAGAAGAGGAUUGCUUACAGAGUGGAUGUCUUCUUUUCUGUGCAUCCUUAUGCUAAACUUCUUGCACUUCUUUUUGCUACAAUAUUUCUUAUUGGAAUUGGUGGUUUGGCACUGUAUGCGGUCAGUGAUGCAAGCCUUCCUGAAGCUCUUUGGUAUUCAUGGACCUUUGUGGCAGACUCUGGGAACCAUGCUGACCAGGUUGGCUCAGGGCCACGAAUUGUUUCAGUGUCAAUCAGUUCAGGAGGAAUGUUGAUAUUUGCAAUGAUGCUUGGUCUUGUAUCUGAUGCCAUUUCAGAGAAGGUGGAUUCUUGGCGCAAGGGCAAGAGUGAGGUGAUUGAGAGUGAUCACAUACUAAUUCUUGGAUGGAGUGACAAAUUGGGAUCCCUUCUCAAGCAGCUAGCAAUUGCAAACAAGAGCAUUGGUGGAGGUGUUGUUGUGGUUUUAGCUGAAAGGGACAAGGAGGAAAUGGAAAUUGACAUUGCAAAGUUCGAAUUUGACUUCAUGGGUACCUCGGUUAUUUGUAGGAGUGGGAGUCCUCUCAUACUGGCAGACUUGAAAAAGGUAUCAGUUUCUAAGGCAAGAGCUAUCAUUGUUUUGGCAUCUGAUGCAAAUGCAGAUCAAAGUGAUGCUCGUGCUUUACGAGUGGUGCUUAGUCUUAAUGGAGUGAAAGAAGGCCUAAAGGGUCAUGUUGUUGUAGAACUGAGUGACCUUGAUAAUGAACCUUUGGUAAAACUUGUUGGUGGGGAGCUGAUUGAAACAGUUGUUGCACAUGAUGUAAUAGGGCGCUUGAUGAUACAAUGUGCACUUCAACCCGGCCUAGCUCAGAUAUGGGAAGAUAUACUAGGUUUUGAAAAUGCUGAGUUUUAUAUAAAGAGGUGGCCCCAGUUAGAUGGCAUGCGUUUUGAGGAUGCCCUAAUUUCAUUCCCUGAUGCAGUACCCUGUGGAGUUAAGGUUGCUGCAAAUGGUGGGAAAAUUCUGAUAAACCCUGAUGACAGUUAUGUUCUUAAAGAAGGCGAUGAAAUCCUUGUUCUUGCAGAGGAUGAUGAUACUUAUUCACCAGGUCCUCUACCAGAGGUGCAGAGGGGCUUUCUGCCCAACGUUCCCAACCCUCCAAAAUAUCCAGAAAAGAUAUUAUUCUGUGGUUGGCGUCGUGAUAUUGAUGAUAUGAUAAUGGUGCUAGAGGCUUUUCUGUCCCCUGGCUCUGAACUCUGGAUGUUCAAUGAGGUUCCUGAGAAGGAGAGGGAGAAAAAGCUUACAGAUGGUGGAAUUGAUCUUUCAGGAUUAACAAAUAUAAGACUUGUUCAUAAAGAGGGAAAUGCUGUUAUUCGUAGGCAUUUGGAAAGCUUGCCUCUUGAAACAUUUGAUUCUAUCUUGAUUCUUGCAGAUGAGUCUUUGGAGGACUCUGUUGUGCAUUCUGAUUCACGGUCUCUGGCCACCCUUCUCCUUAUUCGGGAUAUUCAGUCCAAACGUCUUCCAUCCAAAGAGGCAAAGUCUUCUUUGCGUUAUGCUGGCUUCUCCCACAGCUCCUGGAUACGUGAGAUGCAGCAAGCUUCUGACAAAUCAAUAAUCAUUAGUGAGAUAUUGGAUUCAAGGACUAGAAAUCUUGUGUCAGUGUCAAGAAUUAGCGAUUAUGUACUGUCAAAUGAGCUGGUGAGUAUGGCGCUAGCUAUGGUAGCUGAAGACAAACAAAUCAACCGGGUUCUUGAGGAACUCUUUGCUGAGGAGGGUAAUGAAAUGUGCAUCAGGCCUGCUGAAUAUUAUCUGUACGAACAAGAGGAGCUUUCCUUUUAUGAUAUAAUGGUUAGGGCUCGCCAACGGAAGGAGAUUGUGAUUGGUUAUCGUCUUGCCAGCACAGACCAUGCCAUAAUCAAUCCUGAAAACAAGUCAGAGGUCAGGACUUGGUCGCUUGACGAUGUCUUUAUUGUCAUCUCAAAUGGUGAUUAGCAUCUCAAAACAGUAGUUUGUGCUUCGUGCUGGCGACCAAGAAAGAACGGAUCGAAUCACGGAUGAUUCAGUAAUAAUUGUGCCUCUAAUCACGGCACCGGUAUGUAUGAUUAUCAUCCUGAGGUUUUUAUUCUUGAAAUACAAUUUGACUGCUGUAUACUAAUUUGAUUGCUGUAUGCUUAUCAUGCUAAUUCAGUAAUUAUUUUAUGUUUGUA